AUGUACAAAUUUAUUACCCUCGCUGCUCUCUUCGCCAUCGCCACCGCCGCUCCUGGCUUCAUCGCACAACCGGUUGUAGCCAAAGUCGGCACCGUUGUACACAGUGCUCCAACUGCCGUCUCCCACCAGAGCAUCACUCAAGUGCACAGCAAUACUCAUUUCGUGACACCUGUUGUGAAGACCGUGGCUCCAGUGGUUCCAGUAGUCAAAACUAUUGCCCCUGUUGUCCCAGUGCUGAAGACCUAUUCCGCCCCUAUUGUGCAUGCGGCUCCAGUUGUACCUGUUGUGAAGACUUACUCCGCACCAGUCGUACACCACGUUCCAGUUGUGAAAUCUGUCGUUGCUCCAGUCGUGCCGGUAGUUCAUGCUGCUCCAGUUGCUCACUUUGUUCGUCAUUAA